CGUUACCAUGACCAUAGGUCCGCCUUCUUCCUCCACCUGUAAACAGGCCAGUCGCUUCCAGGGAGCUUCACUAACUCCUCUUAACCAUAGCUGUGCUCAAGACAAUACUAGAGCGAAGUUUUCAACACCUGCAGCAACUCGUAUUGAAAAUGAAGUUACAUAUUGAUUGAUUUUUCUUUUUCUUUAUUUUGAGACGUAAGGAAAUUAGGAAGCCUGAAGUUCGCGGCAGCAAGGAUUUAGUGAUCAAGUCUGGGUACAACAGUAGCCUUUCCUCUCUGCCCUAUCCACGCCCAUGACCAGCCGCCCACGUCAGCCCUGAGGUGGACACGAGAGGAAGGAAGGAAGGAAGGAAGGGGGUCGCGAUGCCUAGUUUGGCUCAUUUAACCUUGCUGGUGGCAGUGCAUCUGUUAGUCGUCUACCUCGCCACUCCCGAGGCUGCCACUACAGCUGCAACUACAGAGACUACUAUGACCACAAAUGGAGGAGAUGGUACGACCACAGCAGCUGGAGAUGGUACAACCACAGCAGCUGGAGAUGGUACAACCACAGCAGCUGGAGAUGGUACAACCACAGCAGCUGGAGAUAGUACAACUACAGCAGCUGGAGAUGGUACAACCACAGCAGCUGGAGAUGGUACAACCACAGCAGCUGGAGAUGGUACAACUACAGCAGCUGGAGGAGAUGGUACAGCCACAACAGCUGGAGGAGAUGGUACAACCACAGCAGCUGGAGAUGGUACAACCACAGCAGCUGGAGAUAGUACAACCACAGCAGCUGGAGAUGGUACAACCACAGCAGCUGGAGAUGAUACAACCACAGCAGCUGGAGCAGAUGGUACGACCACAGCAGCUGGAGGAGAUGGUACGACCACAGCAGCUGGAGCAUAUGGUACGACCACAGCAGUUGGAGGAGAUGGUACGACCACAGCAGCUGGAGAUGGUACGACCACAGCAGCUGGAGGAGAUGGUACGACCACAGCAGUUGGAGGAGACGGUACGACCACAGCAGCUGGAGAAGGAGGCGACACGACCACAGCAGUUGGAGGAGAUGGUACGACCACAGCAGCUGUGGGAGAUGCUACGACGAGAGCAACUGGAGGAGGAGGUGGUGCGGCCACUGCAGCUGGAGGAGAUGGUGCGACCACAAUAAGUUCAGCUGAAGCAGGUAAUGAUGGAGGCGACUCAGCCACUACAGAAGCUACUGACCCCACCACCAUGAAGUCUUGGGAUGAGGAGGACUUCACACAAGGAGAGUCACCGAGCAUGGAUGGGGAUGACAGAAGGGCCCGCGUUCAUAAACACUUCGUAGAUAACUUCGCGAAGACUUCCGUGCCAACCUUUUGCGUAAUCGCGGUUUUCAUCCUUCUCAUAAUGUACUGCACGCGUGCCGGCAAGCCUAGCUAACUCCCCAUGCAUCUACCGCCAACACCACCAAACUAGGUUACUUGUGUUGCUGAAAAAAUAUACUUUUUUUUUUUUUUUUCCUUUAAGAUCGUUGCGAAACUUGGUCCAUAUUCUCAUAAGUUUCGGUGUGUAAUCUAGCCUAUACUUAAGCAUAUUAUAGUAUAUGUUACCAGAAAUUUCGGGUUAUUUGAGAACUUCAUUUCUUGUUUGAAAAUAAUCCUGGUGAGAGAUCAAACUUUAUUAAAACAUGGUGCUUGAGUUAUGUUAACCUACGUUACUUGUCUACCUUUUCUCUCUCUCUCUCUGUAACCUGACCUAACCUAAUCAAUGUGCAAUCGCUGCUCUAUGUGAACCUUUAUUAUUUUGCUCUUCAUUUUCUCCUCCUCCUCCUCCUACUACUACUACUACCUCCAACAUGCUUGCUUUACUUUUACAUCUUUACGGUCUUGCUGAGAAAAAUAAAUGAUCAAAUAACUGAAUGAAGAAGAAAAAAAAAAAAAAAAAAA